AUAAACCUGCUGGGACACGUUCAAUCUGGAGCCUGAUUUUCUGAACAGAACCAUUUGCAGAUGCUGGAAACAUCCCCCCAUUUCUGAAUCAGGAAAAACCCCCUCUAGGCAGGGCUGGGAAAACUGACCAGACUCCCAGUGCUGGAGCCUGACCCCACUGACCAGAGGCUGCUUUGAAAUACGAAGGGAAGCUGUCGGGAUUCCUGUCCCUGUCCCUGGCUCAGAGCUCUGCUUCCAAUAUCAGCCUGUGGCUGGCAGGCAUGUGGGAAAUGAGAAGACCCUGCUCUGCUCCGUGUGCUGGGGGGACAAGGAGCUCUCACCUUCUCCCCACCCCCUAAAGCCUGCUGGCUGGUCUGAGCAGGGUGCGGGUGGGAUUCUGCUUUUCUGGGCUUCCUCCCCUGUGACUAGUGGGAUUGUUGCUGGGGCUGCAGAUGCUGAGUGGGUGAACUGAUGUUUCAGAUGCCGGUGACCUUCGAGGAGGUGGCUGUGUAUUUCACGGAGGAGCAAGAGGCUCUGCUGGACCCCGGUCAGAGAGCCCUCUACAGGGACGUCAUGCAGGAGAAUUAUGAGACAGUGACCUCGCUGGCAGGAUUCCCCAUUCCCAAACCGGACCUGAUUGCCCAGCUGGAAAGAGGGGAAGAGCCGUGGGUCCCGAAUCUCCAAGUCACUGAGGAAAGAGAGAGCCUGAGAGGCACCUGCACAGCAGGUGAUAGGACAGUGAGUGAGAACAAGGAGGAGAAUCAGCAGCAGGAAGGUCCUGGGAAAGUGGAACCGCAGGAGAGGUUUUUGAGAAGAGCUGAAUGGAAUUUUCCCCAGUGCUUGGAGCAGGGAAAUGCCUGGGGAGAUCGACACAGAUCAGAGAUGCAACUGGGAAACUAUCCCGGGAAGAAACUGGACAAAUCAAUUCAACAUGGCAGAGGAUGUAAGGAUCCCAAGGAAACCACAGUCCGGCAGACAAGUCACAGUGAAGAGAAACCCUGCAAAUGCCUUGACUGUGGGAAAAGAUUCUGUUUCAGUGGAAAAAUUCUUACACAUCAGAGAACUCACACAGGAGAGAAGCCUUAUAAAUGCUUGGACUCUGGAAAAAUCUUAAUUCAGAAGUCACAACUUAUUAUACACCAGAGAGUGCAAACAGGAGAGAGACCUUUUAAAUGCGGUGAGUGUGGGAACAGUUUUAGUCAGAGUGCAACGCUUAUUACACAUCAGCGAACCCACACAGGAGAGAGACCUUAUAAAUGCCUUGAGUGUGGGAAAGGUUUUAGUCAGAGUGCAACGCUUAUUGCACAUGAGCGAACCCACACUGGAGAGAGACCCUAUGAAUGCCAUGAGUGUGGAAAAAGUUUUAGUCAGAGCUCAGCACUUUUAACUCAUGAGAGAACCCACACAGGAGAGAGACCCUAUAAAUGCCUGGAGUGUGGGAAAUGUUUUAUCGCAAGUUCAGCCCUUACUAAUCAUAGGAGAAUCCAUACAGGAGAAAAACCCUAUAAAUGCCCUGAGUGUGGGACAAGUUUCAAUUUGAAAUCAACCCUUACUACACAUCAGAAAACCCACACAGGAGAGAAACCGCAUGAAUGCUUGGACUGUGGGAAAGCUUUCCGUUUCAAAUCAAACCUUAAAGCACAUGAGAAAACCCACACAGGAGAGAAACCCCAUAAAUGCUUGGACUGUGGGAAAACUUUCUGUCUGCGCUCAUACCUUAUUAAACAUGAGAGAAUCCACACUGGAGAGAGACCUUAUAAAUGUCUUGAGUGUGGGGAAAGCUUCAGUAGGAGGUCAGCGCUUACCACUCAUCAGAGAAUACACAAGGGAGAGAAACCCUAUAAAUGCCUGGAGUGCGGGAAAAGCUUUAAUGAGACGUCACACCUUAUGUCACAUCACAGAACCCAUACAGGAGAGAAGCCCUAUAAAUGCUUAGACUGUGGGAAAAGCUUCAGUAGGAAGCCUUAUCUUAUUAAACACCAGAGACUGCACACGGGAGAGAGACCCUAUAAAUGCCCCGAGUGUGGGAAAGGUUUUAUCGAAAGUUCAUCCCUUACUAAACAUGAAAGAAUCCACACUGGAGAAAGACCCUAUACAUGCCUUGAAUGUGGGAAAAGUUUCAUUCAAAAGUCACAGCUUAUUAUACACCAGAGACUGCACACAGGAGAGAGACCUUUUCAAUGCUGUGAAUGUGGGAAAAGUUUUAUUCGGAGCUCAGUGCUUAUUACACAUCAGAGAACCCACACAGGAGAGAGACCUUAUAAAUGCCUUGAGUGUGGGAAAGACUUUAGCGAGAGCUCAAAGCUUAUUACACAUCAGAGAUCCCACACAGGAGAAAGACCCUACAAAUGCUUGGACUGUGGGAAAACUUUCAGAUGGAGUUCAUCCCUUAUUCAACAUGUGCGAAUCCAUACGGGAGAGAGACCCUAUAAAUGCAUAGAGUGUGGGAAAGGUUUUACUGAAAGUUCAUCCCUUACUAAACAUGAAAAAAUCCACAGAGGCGAAAGACCAUAUAAAUGCCUUGAGUGUGGGAAAAGUUUCAGUGUGAAAUCAACCCUUAAUACACAUGAGAAAACCCACACGGGAGAAAAACCCCAUAAAUGCUUGGACUGUGGGAAAACGUUUGGUCAGAACUCAUACCUUAUUGAACAUAGGAGAAUCCACACGGGAGAGAGACCAUAUAAAUGCCUUUACUGUGGGAAAACUUUUAGUCAGCGCUCACACAUUAUUAAGCAUCAGCGAAUCCACACGGGUGACAAACCGUAUAAAUGCCUCAAUUGUGGGCAAAGUUUUGUUGACAGAACGAAACUUAAUAAUCAUCUGAGAAUCCACACAGGAGAGAAACCCUAUAAAUGCUUGGAGUGUGGGAAAAGCUUCAUUCAGAAGUCACAACUCAUUAUACAUCAGAGAGUGCACACAGGAGAGAGACCGUAUAAAUGCCUUGAGUGUGGGAAAAGUUUUAGUCAGAGCUCAAAGCUUAUUACACAUCAGAGAACCCACACAGGAGAGAGACCUUAUAAAUGCCUUGAGUGUGGGAAAAGUUUUAUGGAAAGUUCAUCCCUUAUUCGACAUGGGCGAAUCCACACAGGAGAAAGAGCCUAUAAAUGUCCUGAGUGUGAGAAAAAUUUUACGGAAAAUCGAUCCCUCAUUAAACAUAGGAGAAUACACACGGGAGAAAGACCCUUUACAUGCCUUGAGUGUGGGAAAGGUUUUAUUGAAAGUUCAUCACUUACUAAACAUGGAAGAAUCCACACAGGAGAAAGACCCUAUAAAUGUCUUGAAUGUGGGAAAAGUUUCAGUGUGAAAUCAGCCCUUAAUAUACAUCAGAAAACCCACACAGGAGAGAAACCCCAUAAAUGCUUGGACUGUGGGAAAACUUUCAGUCAGAUCUCAUACCUUAUUAAACAUGGGAGAACCCACACGGGAGAGAGACCGUAUAAAUGCCUGGACUGUGGGAAAACCUUCAGUCAGCGCUCAUACCUUAUUAAACAUGGGAGAAUCCACACUGGAGAAAGACCCUAUAAAUGCCUUGACUGUGAGAAAGUUUUCAAUGAGCGAUCAGCCCUUAUUAGACAUGAGAGAACUCACAUGGAAGAGAAACCCCAUAAAUGCUUGGACUGUGGGAAAAGCUUCACUCAGACAUCACAACUUAUUAUACACCAGAGAGUGCAUACAGGAGAGAGACCCUUUAAAUGCUGUGAGUGUGGGGAAAGUUUUAUUCAGAACUCAAAGCUUAUUACACAUCAGCAAAUCCACACAGGAGAGAGACCUUAUAAAUGCCUUGAGUGUGGGAAAGGUUUUAGUCAGAGUUCAACGCUUAUUACACAUCAGCGAACCCACACAGGAGAGAAACCCUAUGGAUGCCUUGAGUGUGGGAAAGGUUUUAUUGCAAGUUCAGCUCUUACUAAACAUAGGAGAACUCACACAGGAGAAAGACCCUAUAAAUGCCUUGAGUGUGGGAAAAGUUUCAGUGUGAAAUCAGCCCUUAACAUGCAUCAGAAAACCCACACAGGAGAGAAACUCCAUAUAUGCUUGGACUGUGGGAAAAGUUUUAGUCAGCGCUCAUACCUUACUAAACAUGGGAAAAUCCACACGGGAGAGAGACCUUAUAAACACCUUGACUGUGGGGAAAGCUUCAGUAAGAGCUCAGAACUCACCAAACAUGAGAGCAUCCACAAGGGUGAGAGACCCUAAAAACAGCUUGACUGCAGGAAAAGCUUCAAUUUGACUUCACACAUCAGUGACCCACACAACAGAGAGACCUUGAAUCUGGGGGAAGUUUCAUUUUGUGCUCCCGGAGUAUCAGGCAUUCACAAAUCUACAUAGGGUAGAAACCUCUGAGAUGUCCUCAGUGUGGAAAAGAUGCCAAGAGGAACUAACUCCAUACUGUACAUCAGAGACUCCUCUGCACAGCAGAGAAACAGUGUCCUGAUAAAGGGGGACCAUAGUGAAAAAUCCAUUCUCUUGUUCCCACACCCAUCAGGGGCAUUUGGCUCCCAAUUAUCCAGUUGCCUAUUGCAGGAGUGAAGAUAAAGCAGCACCUGAGCAUCUGCUGGUCAGUGACCCUCUGGCUCUGCCUGGUCUAAGCAAACCCCAGGCAGAGGAGGAGAAGCCCCCAUCAGCCCCUCCUCCCUGCUGCAGCCCUAGCUGCUGAGCUGAUGGGCCACAGGUGGGGGAAGGGAAAGAGAGAGAGAAACUCCUCCAGCCACUCCCUCUGCCUGGCUGUAGUCCCCCUCUUCCUUCCCCUCCUAGCUGGGAUCCCCCUGCCAUGGAGAUGAUGAGAAGGACACUAGGGCCAGGCCCCACCUUCACUCUAGACCCUUGUCCCCACACCCCAUCUUCCAGCUGGGCUCCCCCACUGACCUGGAGCUGUUCCUUGCAGGGGGAGUGUCCCUGGGGGUUGGUAACUCCUCCCCUCCCCAAAUCCCCCAGGGCGAUGGGCUUUGGGGGAUCAACUGUUAAGGGACCAGGGUGAUGUAUUCUGGGGAUGAUAUUGGGGAUUGAAUGGCUGGGGCUGGGGGAUAUCGAAUGCUGGGGGUAUCGAGUGUUUGGGGACCCUGGGAUAAGAGGCGAGGGAGAGCACAGGGGUAGAGAGGUGCUGCCUCAUCACUCACCCCCUCUGCCCCUUCUCCCUGCCCCCUCUGCAUUCAGACAGCACCAUUAGCAGAGACUGAUUCCCACAGGGCGUUUUCUUGGAAGCCUGGAUUUCCCAUCUCUGCUACAGCAGCAUCAGCCUCUGAGAGGGAAGCAGCGCUGCCUAGUGGAUAGAACCCUGGCCUGGGACUCAGGAGACCUAAGCUCUGUUCCCAACGCUGCCAGCAGCUUGCGGGCUGACCCGAGACAAUCUGUGCCUUCCAGAGAGGGAAUAAAUGGGGGGGUGAUAAUAUCAGCCUCCGAGUGUCUGUUUAGGGCAGGAGAAGUGGUUGGGAUUCGCUAGUGCGUCUCCUUUGUUCCGCCUCCCCUUUUGUAGCUUAGACUGACCCAUAGUGGUUUAUUCCAACCCCUAUUAGCAAAGUGAUUGUUAGAGUCACUAAGUGCCCCCUUUGGAGUGAGAUUGUCUCAUUCUCAUAUAUUAAAUUAGUUUGACAGGUUGUAGCUCAGGUUUAUUGGGGACUUCAAAAGACAAAUGAUCACUUGCCAAAAUAGUCCUUUCUGAUUUUCUUUUCACAUUUCCCAAGGCUCUGUCAUGAGUCUUUCUUGAUCUUUGAACCGUGAAAAUGACCAGUAUCUAUCCGAGAGUCAGCGACUGAAAUGGGGAAGGAAGUGACUGCCUGAUCCCUGCAGAGAUGUGUGAUACAUUCAGGAGUGGGGAGAGGGUGGGUGGCUAGGGCCUUGAAAGGGCGCUGUUUGCUUUUGCGAGCCAGAGAGCUGAGUCUGAGAACUGUGAACUCACUGCACAUGUCCCAGAGAGAGAGGAAAUUUCCUACAAGUGCUGGGUAAAGUCGUCCUUGAACUCUAAAGGGCUAUCAAUGAUGCCCCAAGAGGAUUGAUGUGAAGAGGAGUCGGCGUCUCCCCAUUGCUGAGAGGAGGAGGCCGGGCAAAUGCCUCUCAUGGAUUGUUAGCGCUUUUCUACCAGCUUUAACUUGUUCCUCUUUCCCUGGGGCGCGUGUGUGGCUGGAGCCACCAGUAUGCUGAGCUGGGGCUGAAAUGCACCGUGCCGAGCUGGGCGUUGGAUUGGGGGCGGGGGGGGGGGCAGGAUUUA